AAUUGGUUGAGAUGUCCUGAUCUUUCCUGUGUUCUGGCUAUAUUCAGGGGCUUCCAAGUGCGCCGGGAAUACAGGAAGAUUACUUGGUCUGUUGGGGUGCUCGAGAAAGCAAUACUUAGGUGGCGUCGUAAGAGGAGAGGCUUUUGUGGCCUUAAGGUUGAAAUUAAGGAGCCUAAUGAUGAUCAGAAACGAGAAAGUGAUACAGAAGAAGAUUUUUAUCGAGCUAGCAGAAAACAAGCCGAGGAGCGUGUAGAAAAAGCUGUGGUGCGUGUACAAUCAAUGUUCCGUUCGAAGAAGGCACAGCAAGAAUAUCGAAGGAUGAAAUUAGCUCAUAUGCAAGCACAGCUUGGAUAUGGAGAAGCAGUUGAUCCUUAUGACUUUUUGAGUGAAAUGUAGUUCGAUCAAGAUGCAUGCAGUGCAUUGUGUCUGCAUCGGAGUAACAACCGUUGUUUAGUAUUCGGUGACGGGAAGUGUGCUCUUUCAGCUCUAUACAUGUCUGUUAAAGGGUGUAGAUAUGUAGAAUUGGUUGUUUCUUCCCUUCACAUAAAUAGUUUUGUCUUUGUCUUUGUAACUUUAUGCAUCUGUUUACCAUUCUUUUGCUUUGAGGGAGGUUGUAUACUUUGAUUUGGGGGAGGUUAAGGACAUAAUGUUGAUACUCAUUCAACUGUUAUAAAUUAUACUUGCAGCUUUAUUGUCUCCUCUUAGUUUUGUUGAUGACAAACUUAGACCAUCAUCACCAUCGAACCAACCCAGUAUAUCCUGCCGCUCAUAGAGACAACAAAUCAAAUGAAAAAAAAAGUUUUUUAAAAGUAUUUGAGAUUUAGACGGUGUUGGUUUUUGAGUUGUAACCUUUUCUUUUGUGUU